AUGUCGCCUGAAUUCCCUGCAAUCCCUGCUCCGGUUGCUCAAGUGAGCAAUUCGAGCCAUCCAAGUCGUCCACGGUACGGCGACAAGUCAAAGGUGGAGGAGCUCAUUUCGUCUGAGACGCUAACUGUGGGCUCUCAGCCGGUGGAGGAUUUUGUCUUCGGAUGUGCGAGUUCGUACGUUCUCUUAUUGCCUUCCUUCCCUUGGCUCCUCUGCUUUCACGGGAUAUCUCGUGCUGGGGAAGGGGCUAUUUCUGUGCAGGGCAUGCAAUUCACGCCCCUCUUGUCCAACGCUAGGUACCCUUCCUUCUAUUAUGUGGGGCUAAACGGAAUCUCUGUGGGAGGAGAGCCUGUUUCCAUCCCAGAGGGGACCUUCACCUUCGACAACUCAACGGGAAGAGGGACUAUCAUAGAUUCGGGAACAGUUAUCACUCGGCUAGUGGAGCCCGCUUACAAUGCCAUGAGAGAUUCUUUCCGCCGUCAGCUCUCCAAUCUGACUCGGGCUAGUCCCACAAAUUUCUUUGAUACGUGCUACAACAAACCAUCCGGCGAUAGUAUACUAGUAAUAUAG